UACAUCAUGGGCAUCGGAUGCAUUUCCAUGAGGUCUUCAAAAGGUCCGCAGAUUCACAGAUUGCGCAAUAUUGAGCUUACAUAGUACUCUUUUACGAGUUUUCUUCUGGUGACCUUGUCUAUCUAUAUGUGUCGGUCUUGUUUGUCUGUCGAAACUUGAAGACUAGAAAGAUCCUUCUACUCUACAUUCCGUGCUCAGCUUCUUCACCUCUUCACUUUCUCUCACUCACAGAAAGACCACCCUAGUAGGAGGUACUUACGGGGUUAGGUAGUACACAUCGUAUCGAACCAGAUCUUUUUUUUCUUUUUGGACGUCACCACCACCAACCGUCGUACAAAAUGUCUUCGUCGUCGAACCUCUACAUCCCCGACACGCCCAAGGAGGUGUCUUCGGCCAAAGGUCUGCACCUCAUCACCCAAAACACCCCCAACGGGCAGGCGACGCAGAUCAUGCUGGAGGAGCUCCACGACGUCUACGGCACCGAAUGGGGCACGACCCUGAUCAACAUCAUGACCAACGAACAGAAAAAGGAGUGGUUCCUCCGGCUCAACCCCAACGGUCGCAUCCCGACCCUGGUGGACAACUCCAAGUCCCCCCCGUUCCCCGUCAUCGAGACGUCGGCGCAAAUGUUGUACCUGGAAAAGUUCUUCGACAAGGACGACGUCUUCGGGUUCACCGACGACCUCGAACGCAACGAGGCCCUCCAGUGGAUGUUCUUCUGGCACGGUGGAGGCGCCCCCUACCAAGGCCAGGUCAACCAUUUCACGCGUGCCGCCCCUGAAAAGAUCCCAUACGCAAUCAACAGGUACAAGAAUGAAACCCUUCGGGUUUACGGGGUUUUGGAAAUCCGUCUUUCGGGAAUCUACACAGGAGGUCAACCUCGUGAUUACCUGGCCGGAAAGGGCAAAGGAAAAUACAGCGUGGCGGACAUCAAGACUUGGCCUUGGGUCAAGGGAUGGGAAAGGAGCGGUUUCAGUGGCGAAGAGAUGAAACCUUUUCCUCACCUGCUGAAGUGGAUCGACCGCAUCGCGGCGAGACCGGCGGUGCAACGAGGCAUCGGAGACAAGUACGUUCAACAGUAAGUUGAGUUGUCUCUGUACUUUGCCAUUUCUCCUCAUUUCUGCAAGGGACCAGCAAGGUAAAGGAGAGACAUGAAGAUUUGGUCAAGUAAUCAGCAAUGUCAGAAUUUACCAUUCGCUACAAAUUUGAUCACUACUGUAUCUGCCUGAUAUACCAAAGCAAGGUUGUUGAUUCUUUUUUUCUUUUCUUUUCUUUUUUUAACCCCCCAAAAAGGGGUAACAGAAAAGAUCAACCACAAAGUCCAAAACGAAAAGGAUCAUACUCAAAUUCCAUCAUUCUC